GAGGAAGUCUCUGUGGAUGAUGAGAUCAAACCACAAACAACCUCGAAAAAGGGGGAUUCUAGUAAAACAGUCCCUGAGAAGACCGAAUCAUCCUCGGCGGGUAAAUCCCCAUCUACUGACUCAGCCCAAGAUUCCUCAAAAGCAGACGCGCAAGGCAAACCCGCAAGCGCCUCAGCUCUGACCCCUGUCGACGAUACAGAAGCUCCUCCCCGUCCUAAGCGCCCUGAGUCUCCCAUGGCGCAGAUGAAACGUGAUUUGAAGGAUGCAUUCCCCCAGAUCGAGGAUAAAUACAUCCAUGCAUUUUUGAUUGCUUCUGAAGGACGCAUGGACCCUGCUUUCAAUGCAUUGCUCUUCUUACUGGAUCCUUCCUUCGAACCUGAACCCGUUGUCACUGCUGCAAAACCUGUUAUCAAGGAAAAACCGCAGUACACGGACGACGAGCUUUUGGCGCGUCAAUUACAGAAGGAGUUCGACAGAGAGGAACGCAGACGGAGACACGCAGCAUCUAAGUCUCGUCCAAGGCAUUCUGGUGCGAACCAUGAAGAGGAAAACGAGUCGCCAGACGAAAUUGAUCAGUUGAAGGAACAGUUUUCACAGGGUUUUGAGGAGGCUAAAACUACCAUCAACAGUUGGGUCUCUGGACUUAGCAAGAAGUUUUCCCAGGAUGGCGACGGCAGCUCCUCUUCAGCUGGGCUGAACUCGAAUCCCAAGCUUUUUGGUGCUUUAGGGGGCUCCUCGUUCAAUUCUUCCGCAAAAAAAAGCCCUCAUAAAUUUGACGAAGAUCCAGAGAUUUUAUCGCUGGACUUCAGCAGAAAAGUGGACUUAGACGAUAAAGAUCAACCAAGAUUGCCUCGUCGCGUCGAGAAGAAAGACCAAGAUACCAGGUGGCAACCUUUAAACUCAGAUGUGCCUGUGAGCUCUGACGCGUUUUUGGUGACGGAUCUGGAGGAGGAAGAC